AUGGGACAGUUAGAUGCUAGGAGUGACACGAGCUCUUCUAAGAGGUCCAUGGGUUCAUCGUCAUCCUUGCAAUCAUCUCCACAACCAAUUAAGUCCUCUAGUUAUGUGACGGGCAGGAGUUCGGGAAAUAUGACCAGAGUUACCAGUGCGUGUUAUAGAUGUGGCCAAAUGGGUCACAAGGCUGCGGAGCGCGGACAGAAAGGUGGAGCACGGUCCCAACCUGUGUAUCUAAAGGGUCAACCUCAAAAUAGGAGCCAGCCACAAUCUUGUUAUCAAUGUGGUCAACCUGGUCAUUUAAAGAAGUUUUGUCUACAGAAAAGAGGUGACGUAGGGGAGCAAAGAUCGCAGGGAAAAGUGUAUGCUAUCACCACUUCUGAGCAAGCUACGGGGCCAUCAGUUGUGAGAGGUACAUUUCUCAUCUUCAAUACUUGGGCUAAGGUGUUGAUUGACACUGGGGCAUCGCAUUCAUUUAUUGCCACAUCAUUUACAUCAUUGUUGGGGCUAGAGAGCAGGCAACUGCAGGCUUCGCUUACAGUAGAAUCACCAGUAGGGGGAAACGUCAUUCUAACCCAGGAAUGUCAGGGGUGUAUAAUUGAGGUAGCAGGUCAACAGCUUCCGGUUAAUUUUGUAUUGCUGGAAAUGUCGGGUUUUGAUGUUAUUCUUGGAAUGGAUUGGUUGUUCACGUACCGGGCGACAAUAGAUUGCCAUCGGGAGAGGGUCGCGGUAUGUACUGCAAGCGGCGAUUGCUUCACAUUUUUGAGGGAUGGGUAUGAUAGAUCCUUACCCUCUUCAUGCUACCCAUGUGGCCGAGGUCAAUUUAAUUUCCUUUUAGCAACCCUUUGGGAGGACGGAAGUGAUGUAGUUCGGGAUGAAUUCCCAAGGGUAGUGCAUGAAUACCUCAACAUUUUUCCUGAAGAUCUUACAGAAUUGCUACCUCAUAGGGAGGUAGAGUUCACCAUAGACUUGCUCCCGGGUACGGCGCCUAUCUCAUCGUCACCGUAUAGGUUUGCUCCAGCUGAAUUAGUGGUUCUGAAGGAACAGUUGUAG